AGCAGCCAGGUGUCUCCACGGUGACGUCUCUGAGCCAGGAGGUCGGAAGUGUGGGACUGAUGACCUCCCACAACUGGAGCAGCCGGGAACAGCUCUGACCACAGUGGUUCCGGGGAGAAGCCUUUCCAGGACCCAUGUGUAGGCACAGCUGUUUUCCCUGAUCAGGAUACUUGCAGCACUCAAAUACUUUCCCAGCAACAUCUAGACUGCUGUUUGACCAAACAACGGGGCUCCAACAGCCUAGCCAAGUGAAACAUAAAAUUAACCAUCACAGUAUCCUUGUCAAAAAUCAGUCUGACAACACAUCAGAGGAAAGAAAUUCCUAAGGGAACACUGCUCAGAAAGUACUGCAGCAUGUCUUCAAAUGCCUGAGGAUCAAGCUGGAAAACUAGAAGCAACAGAAAACACAAUAAGCGCAAUGGCGGCGGCCGCGGCGGAGCAGCAACAGUUCUACCUGCUCCUGGGAAACCUGCUCAGCCCCGACAAUGUGGUCCGGAAACAGGCAGAGGAAACCUAUGAGAAUAUCCCAGGCCAGUCAAAGAUCACAUUCCUCUUACAAGCCAUCAGAAAUACAACAGCUGCUGAAGAGGCUAGACAAAUGGCCGCCGUUCUUCUAAGACGUCUCUUGUCCUCUGCAUUUGAUGAAGUCUAUCCAGCACUUCCCUCUGAUGUUCAGACUGCCAUCAAGAGUGAGCUACUCAUGAUUAUUCAGAUGGAAACACAAUCUAGCAUGAGGAAAAAAGUUUGUGAUAUUGCGGCAGAACUGGCCAGGAAUUUAAUAGAUGAGGAUGGCAAUAACCAGUGGCCCGAAGGUUUGAAGUUCCUUUUUGAUUCAGUCAGCUCUCAAAAUGUGGGACUGCGGGAAGCUGCCCUUCACAUUUUCUGGAACUUUCCUGGAAUUUUUGGGAACCAGCAACAACACUAUUUAGAUGUCAUCAAACGAAUGUUAGUUCAGUGUAUGCAAGAUCAGGAACACCCGUCGAUCAGGACGUUAUCUGCUAGAGCUACAGCUGCAUUUAUACUUGCAAAUGAGCAUAAUGUUGCUCUGUUCAAACAUUUUGCAGACUUGCUACCGGGAUUCCUACAGGCGGUAAAUGACUCGUGCUACCAGAAUGAUGAUUCUGUCCUAAAAUCCCUCGUUGAGAUUGCAGAUACUGUUCCAAAGUAUUUGCGUCCUCACUUGGAAGCAACUCUACAGCUAAGUCUAAAGUUGUGUGGAGACACUAGCCUCAACAAUAUGCAACGCCAGCUUGCCCUUGAAGUGAUCGUCACCCUCUCUGAGACUGCAGCUGCUAUGUUAAGAAAACAUACCAAUAUUGUUGCACAGACUAUUCCUCAGAUGUUAGCAAUGAUGGUUGAUUUGGAAGAAGAUGAGGACUGGGCAAAUGCAGAUGAACUAGAAGAUGAUGAUUUUGACAGCAACGCAGUUGCAGGCGAGAGUGCUCUAGAUCGAAUGGCUUGCGGACUUGGUGGAAAGCUCGUUCUGCCGAUGAUCAAGGAACACAUUAUGCAAAUGCUUCAAAAUCCUGACUGGAAAUACCGGCAUGCAGGAUUGAUGGCCUUAUCUGCCAUUGGUGAAGGGUGCCACCAGCAAAUGGAAGGAAUUCUAAAUGAGAUCGUAAAUUUUGUUUUACUUUUUCUCCAGGAUCCUCAUCCAAGAGUAAGGUAUGCAGCCUGUAAUGCCGUGGGACAGAUGGCUACAGAUUUUGCACCUGGUUUCCAAAAGAAAUUUCAUGAGAAGGUGAUUGCAGCUCUGCUGCAGACCAUGGAAGACCAAGGCAAUCAACGUGUGCAGGCCCAUGCAGCUGCUGCCCUCAUUAACUUUACUGAAGACUGUCCCAAGUCACUACUUAUUCCAUACUUGGAUAAUUUGGUGAAACAUCUGCAUUCCAUUAUGGUACUGAAGCUUCAAGAGCUGAUUCAGAAAGGCACCAAGUUAGUUUUGGAACAAGUUGUGACAUCCAUUGCAUCAGUUGCUGAUACUGCAGAAGAAAAAUUUGUCCCCUACUAUGAUUUAUUUAUGCCAUCACUGAAGCACAUCGUUGAGAAUGCGGUUCAAAAAGAACUGAGACUUCUGAGAGGAAAAACUAUUGAAUGCAUUAGCCUCAUUGGUCUGGCUGUUGGGAAGGAAAAAUUCAUGCAGGAUGCAUCAGAUGUGAUGCAGCUUUUGUUAAAGACCCAGACAGACUUCAAUGAUAUGGAAGAUGAUGAUCCUCAGAUCUCUUACAUGAUCUCAGCAUGGGCCAGAAUGUGCAAAAUCCUUGGAAAAGAAUUUCAGCAAUACCUUCCAGUGGUUAUGGGGCCUUUAAUGAAGACGGCUUCAAUUAAGCCCGAAGUAGCCCUUUUAGAUACCCAAGACAUGGAGAAUAUGAGUGAUGAUGAUGGUUGGGAAUUUGUGAACCUUGGAGAUCAGCAAAGCUUUGGUAUUAAAACUGCAGGACUAGAAGAAAAAUCAACUGCUUGCCAGAUGUUGGUUUGCUAUGCUAAGGAGUUAAAGGAAGGCUUUGUGGAGUACACUGAACAGGUUGUCAAACUGAUGGUCCCUUUACUGAAAUUUUAUUUCCACGAUGGUGUUCGAGUGGCAGCAGCGGAAUCCAUGCCUCUUCUCCUGGAGUGUGCAAGAGUCCGUGGUCCUGAGUAUCUCACACAGAUGUGGCAUUUUAUGUGUGAUGCUCUAAUUAAGGCCAUUGGUACAGAACCAGAUUCAGACGUCCUCUCAGAAAUAAUGCAUUCUUUUGCAAAGUGCAUUGAAGUAAUGGGAGAUGGAUGCCUUAAUAAUGAACACUUUGAAGAACUGGGAGGUAUAUUGAAAGCAAAGCUUGAAGAACAUUUUAAAAAUCAAGAAUUACGACAAGUUAAAAGACAAGAUGAAGACUAUGAUGAACAGGUCGAAGAGUCACUACAAGAUGAGGAUGAUAAUGAUGUUUAUAUUCUGACCAAAGUGUCAGAUAUUUUACACUCAAUAUUCAGUAGCUACAAAGAAAAGGUGUUACCAUGGUUUGAACAGCUGCUUCCAUUAAUUGUCAACCUCAUUUGUCCACAUAGACCAUGGCCAGACAGACAAUGGGGAUUAUGCAUCUUUGAUGAUGUCAUAGAACACUGUAGUCCAGCCUCAUUUAAAUAUGCAGAAUAUUUCUUAAGACCAAUGCUCCAAUAUGUAUGUGACAACAGCCCAGAAGUCAGGCAAGCAGCUGCAUAUGGCCUGGGAGUCAUGGCACAGUAUGGUGGAGAUAAUUAUCGCCCUUUUUGUACAGAAGCACUUCCCCUGCUGGUAAGAGUUAUUCAGUCUGCGGAUUCUAAGACCAAAGAAAAUGUCAAUGCUACAGAGAACUGCAUCUCAGCAGUAGGGAAAAUCAUGAAGUUCAAGCCUGACUGUGUAAACGUUGAAGAGGUCCUUCCACACUGGUUGUCUUGGCUUCCACUACAUGAAGAUAAAGAAGAAGCUGUUCAGACUUUCAAUUAUCUGUGUGACCUGAUUGAAAGUAAUCAUCCAAUUGUUCUUGGCCCAAACAAUACCAAUCUGCCCAAAAUAUUCAGUAUAAUUGCAGAAGGAGAAAUGCACGAGGCAAUUAAACAUGAAGAUCCUUGUGCCAAACGUCUGGCCAAUGUCGUUCGCCAAGUACAGACUUCUGGAGGACUGUGGACUGAGUGCAUAGCACAGCUCAGUCCUGAGCAGCAGGCCGCCAUUCAGGAGCUCCUGAACUCUGCGUGAAGGGCCUUAAUGUCACCCACCAGAAAACUAACUCCAAAUAAACGCUUACCCUUUCGUUUAGGUUUCUUUGUUUUGUUUUUGAGCAAAAGAGAUCGGUAGUGUUGUGUGUAGGCCAUUCUUCUGGAGAGCCACAAGCAGGAAGAGCAGCGCUGUGUUGCAGAAUGGAGUUUCCAUGGAUUUCUACCAGACCACUGAAGGAGUUCCUGGAAGCCCUGCGGUAGCUAGCACUGAAGAGUAUUUUUCUAUUGGUAUAACCUGCCCACCUGAAGGGGAAAGGGAAAUCAAAUUAAUUUUUCUCGUUAGACAUAAGGAAAUUUAAGGAAAAACAGCUUUAAGAACAGUUACUCAGCGUAGAUGUGUGUUCACACAAAUUGCUCUGCAUUCAGUGUUCAUUGUGAAUUGGAGUGUGAGUCUUUCUGUAGGGUAGAAAGAAGCCUACUACCCAGCAAACCAGUAGACCCAAAAGUUGAAAAAAACUGAUGACAGACAACAAGCAUGAAGAUGGCAUAUUUGAUGUCACUUUGGUUCUUUUUCCCAGAAGGCUUAUACAGUGACUCAGUCGGGAAGCUUUCCAGCUUCCAGCCCUUGAAUGUGAAGUGUCAUUGGCAUGUCUGGCAGUAGUCUCUCAUUCACUCCUCAAUAAACAACAUUGAAUACAAAAGAGGCUUGUGUAAAAACUCAGUACUGUCUGGCUUGGAUUCAUUUCAUGUUUUUAAUAUAAGAAUGAUCUAAUAUUUUUUUAAAGUAAUAGCUAUCAGUAAUAGCUGAGUGUUUUUUCCCCUAAUAUUUUCCUUGUGCAAUUCAGACUUAAGCAUCGAGUUUUUACCAUCUUCCACUUUAAGCUAAGUUAUGAUACCUAUUCCAUUCACAAUUGGUGUUCUUUUUAAGGUUUGCAAAUUUCAACCAAUUUUGUAGCUAAGAUUGUUCUGAUCAGCUCAAAAAGAUUUGGCUUAAUGUUUUCAUUGCAAAUUAUAAUUGUUGUAGAGCCACACACAACUUUUGAACUUUUAAUUAUAAGUAUUAUGGCUAAAGUUAUUUACUGAAAAUUUCAGUAAAAUGUGUGAAUGUUUCUUUAUGUAUUAACCUCAUAGCAGUAAAUGACUUGCUGUUGUUUAAUUUUUCUAAGGCAUCUUAAUAGACUUCUGUUGAAAACUUCAGUGUUAACAUUUUUAUAGUUUGUACUAAAUUUAACCGUGAUAUAAAAAUGAAUUUUAUGCAUAGAUCAGAAUUUUAAAUUAAAGGUUUUUUCUUUAAA